AUGUGCCUAUUCACCCAGGUCAUCUUCAGCUGCGGCCACGCAGCCGCGGACAAGCGGACGGGCUGGUGCCACAGGAUGUGGAGCAAGAACCGCGACCACCACUCCAGCAACGGCUCGCUCUUCUACCUCUGCCCCGACGUCGUAUGGGCGCAACCAGCCGUGCCCAAACCCAAACGUCUUCGCUGCGACGCCUGCCACGACGCAUGGAAGCAGAGCGUAGACGCUUGGUGGGCUAGCUCUUGGGAGCGGAUUGUCGUCGACUGGGAGGGGCUCGCGGACAGGCAGGUCGUUGACAAGCGCAAAGAGGUAGCGGAUGCCAAGCGCUGGUAUGUGUUGCAUGUGAUGAUCGAGCUCACGGCGGCCAGCCCGCCUGAUGAGCCGGUCAGCGUUGAUGUGUAUCGCGACUUUCAGCGGUGGAUGGAGGGAGAGAUCGAGUUCUCCAACGAAAAGAUUGGAGAUAUGCUCGUCGAGGAGCAACAAAGAGAGCAAGAACAAGCGAUGGUUCUAGAUCUAGAGGAGCCCUUUGCGCUGGGUGCGGUUGUACCACCUUCCUAG